CGGCGAGGUAAGAUCGAUACCGGCUGUCCCCGGCAUGGCCACUCGGGCGGCGGCCGGGGCUGCGGUCACCGGCGCGGCCGUUGUCGCGCUGCUCUCGGCCGGCUUUGCGCUCUAUGGGCCGCCGCUGGACGCAGUUUUAGAAAGAGCGUUUUGGCUGAAUAAAGCACAUUCGAUAAAGGAUAUGGAAACUACUUUUCAGUUGGUGAGAAACAUCAUACCUCCUCUAACUACCAAGAAGCACAAAGGCCAAGAUGGAAGAAUAGGCGUAGUUGGAGGCUGCCAAGAGUACACGGGAGCCCCCUAUUUUGCAGCCAUCUCAGCUCUCAAAGUGGGCGCAGAUUUGUCGCACGUGUUCUGUACCCGGGAGGCCGCGCCUGUGAUCAAGUCCUACAGCCCGGAGCUGAUUGUCCACCCAGUUCUUGACAGCCCUAAUGCUGUUCAAGACGUGGGAAAGUGGCUGCCCCGACUGCACGCCCUGGUCGUCGGACCUGGCUUAGGUAGAGACCACGUUCUUCUCAGCACCGUCAAGGGCAUUUUAGAAGUGUCAAGGGCCAGAGAUGUCCCUGUCAUCAUCGACGCAGAUGGGCUGUGGCUGAUCGCUCAGCAGCCGGCCCUGAUCCAAGGCUACCAGAAGGCUGUUCUCACUCCCAACCACAUGGAGUUCAGCAGACUUUCUGAAGCUGUGCUGGGAGACCCCGUGGACAGCAGCGAUCCCCAGGAAGCUGUGCUGAGACUCAGCCAGGCCCUGGGGAAUGUGACCGUGGUCCGGAAAGGGGAGCGGGACGUGAUCUCCGAUGGCAAACAGGUGCUCGAGUGCAGCCAGGAAGGCAGCAGCCGCAGGUGUGGGGGGCAGGGAGACCUCCUUUCAGGCUCCCUGGGUGUCCUGGUGCACUGGGCACUCCUCGCUGGACCCGAGAAAACAAAUGGUUUCAGUCCUCUCCUUGUGGCUGCCUUCGGCGCGUGCUCCCUCACAAGGCAGUGCAGCCGCCAAGCCUUCCAGAAGCAUGGCCGCUCCACCACCACCACUGACAUGAUCGCAGAAGUUGGACCUGCAUUCACCAGUCUCUUUGAAACCUGAGCCAGUGCGGACUGG